CACACACAAACACACAGAGGAGCAGACCCUGCGUAUAUACGUCAACCUUUAAAACACAAAAAGCUUCUUUCUCCUGAUUUUACUCACAUUUAUCAACCGGGCUUUGUUUAAUAAUGGCAGAUCAGCUGACCGAGGAACAGAUUGCUGAGUUUAAGGAGGCGUUCUCACUGUUCGACAAAGACGGCGAUGGCACCAUCACCACCAAGGAGCUGGGCACAGUGAUGCGCUCAUUGGGUCAGAACCCGACUGAAGCUGAGCUGCAGGACAUGAUCAACGAGGUCGACGCUGAUGGCAAUGGAACUAUAGACUUUCCAGAGUUCCUAACCAUGAUGGCGAGGAAAAUGAAGGACACGGACAGUGAAGAGGAAAUCCGAGAAGCUUUCAGAGUCUUCGACAAGGAUGGAAACGGCUACAUCAGUGCAGCUGAGCUCCGUCACGUCAUGACCAACCUGGGCGAGAAGUUGACGGAUGAGGAAGUGGACGAGAUGAUCCGAGAGGCGGAUAUUGAUGGAGACGGUCAGGUCAACUAUGAAGAGUUUGUCCAAAUGAUGACUGCAAAGUGAAGAAUUGUCUUAUUCUGUAUCUCUCUUUCUCUCUUACAUUGCUUGUCCUACUAAGAUCACUCUGUCUUUAAAAAGAAAAAAAAUCUAAAGUUUACUUCAGAGAGUUAUUAGAAUGUCAAAUUCUCUGAUCUCUUACCAAAAAAAAAAAAAACAAAAACAAACGUAUAUUAAAUUUUAGAAACAAUUUGUGGAAAAAUACUAGUAGAAUCGUCCCAGCAGAAGUGAAUGGACCAAGCAUAACUGCAUGAGCCCUUUUGGAGCAAACGUCUCCAGACCUGACAAACAUUUUGAGGACAGAACUUUAGUCGCACACGAGUUGAAGUCCACGCAGCGUUUCAAACGCAGAGAACAUCUUCUUUCAUGAGUGUUCUUUCAUCGCUCAAAAAUAGAGUACAUUAAAAUAAUUAACCUAUAACCUUGAUAAUGCUAAAACAUUGUGGUAAAUAGUCCAGGGUCACUGUGCUGCCUUCAAUAAAAAGUUAGCAAACACAAUUGCGUGUGACCCCUGUGGUGAAGUCAUGCUUUCGGGUAUUGCCUUCUCCUUUUUAGGGCUCCAAACGGAACAAAAACCGGAUGUUUCUGAAGACGUACAUAUUGUAAAAACCUGACGUCAUACUCAUACUCUGUAAAAUGGCGACGUACGACUUAGAGAGUGUCUUUAUGGGCUAUAAGGCAUGUACUUGGUUGCCAGUGGUUUCUGUUGGCUGGCUUAAACCUUUAUUUUAAUGUGGUCUGAUGACUUUAAACUUUGUGGGAGCGUCGAGAUGCAAAGUGUGUACAGCAGAAUGGAAACGUGACGGAAUAGCAUUACUGUAUAAAUACAUAGUUGCAUAGAUAAUCACAAUGCGCUCAGUGUUAUGCUUUCAAAAUGUACCGUUCUCCAAUAUUAACGUUUGGUAAGCUUUGCAUCGCCUAUUGUUCUAGUUAGGUCUGUGACUUUUGUUUGAUCCAUGGUCUUGAAACGUGCCAUAAUUUCUCGUAAAGCAUUAACUUUGUUGCAAGAGAACUUGUUGUCAAUUAAGAAGUAUGUUAUCAAUUUAUGAAUAUACACACAAAUAUCUCUAUAUCUAUAUAUAUAUAUAUUUGCACUUUGGUGUAGAUUAUACAUUAAACCACAGAAGAGGAACCUGCUGCUUCUGCUGCUUUUAUGGCUCAUUUGUCUCUUGCUCUCGUGGGUUUGUCACAAUCUCGUCAAGUGCUUCGAAUAAUUUUCAUUUGCGCUCUGCUUGCAAGAUGACGAUAAACGGUGGAACCCGUGGGUGAUUUUCGAGGAGGCGAACAGACAACGUCUCCAAUUAUGUUGCUAGUAAGACUAUGAAGGGCUUGUUAUUGGUCUAAUAAUUGGGUUAUUUAUUUCUCUUUUUCUAGCCCAACUGUAUUACUCACAUGGAAGAGCUUCACAUUGCUUAUCUUACUCUGAUAAUGGCGGUUUUGUGAUGGCAGGGUUAGAAAUUGAGCAGCCGGACGGAGAAUACUAGACAUGUGAAAUCUGUAUGGAUAAUAUGUUAAAUGUGUAUCAGUGUUUUCCAAUAAAAUAUAUGUAUAUGUUUAUGCAUA